CAAAUAGUUUUGAAUCUAUUGUUGCUGUGAAGAGACCGAAGAUAGUGGAUAUAAUUUUCUCAUACGUAUCAAUGUAGAGAUGUACAAAUCAUGCACUAUUCGCAAGAUUAUAUCAACAGAAAAUGCUCUAUUGAGCCUUUAGAUAGAGAGAUGGAAACUAAAAACAUACCAUAUUAAUGUCUUUUUGAUAAUAUGAAGUCUCUCGAAAAACAAUAUGCUAGACACAUAUAGAUUCUUCUCUUAAUUGUUUUAUUCAUUUAAAAAAAGAUAAAUUUAUGCUUUCUUUAUAUGUUAAGCCAAAGAAAUUCUUCAAGAUGUAUAAACUAUCGCAAUCAAUAUAUAUUGAAUGAAGAAAGAUGGAAACAGUUUUGAUAAGAAAGACAAGUGUUACAAAUGGCUUACUGUUUUCUUUUUCUUUCUUUCUCUUUCGCUCUGUUUUACUGUUAUACAUACCUGUUCUUUAUGUUCUACUAUUGACGUACUUUAUCGACUACAAAAUUAUAUUCAAUUUGAAUUAAAUCAUUUCUAAGUUCUAGGGAAGUAAAACAAGAGAAACUUGUUGAUCUCUUUCUCCACGUGACAAUUUCCAAGCAAGUGAACCACUUUGUUUACCAUAUAAUUCACUUUCUUUUGUCGAUCUUUCUUCAUUUAACAUACUGAUUAUAUCUUUUAUUUGACUAGAUAUAAAAAUCUCUUAAUUCUGUUAGAACGGAAUUAUUUCUAGAACCAACUUGUUAUUUUUUAUUUCAUUAAAACUCAAUAAGAUUCAAAAUUCAUAUGAAUUAGAUUCACUCUUGAGCUUCGGGUGAGCGUGGGUGUCGAUAAAACAUAGAUUCGUUCUCACCCUCACCUCCAGGUCUAUACUGCGUACUAUCUGUCCCGGAAGAUUAAAAUCUGUUGAUAAAUUUAUUUUGAAAUAGUUUUCAUUUUUUCUUCUUGAUUAAUUUGAUGAAUUGUUCGUGCAAAGUUUUUUUCUUUAAUAUGUUGCCUUUGUAUAAUUUAUUAACUUAUCAAGCUAUUGCAAAUAAAUCGUUAAAUAUUCUAUUAUUAGAUGAAGAUAAUCAACAUGAAUAUAAACUUCAUGGUCUUGCUGGUUGUAUUAAAAAUCCUAAUCAAUUAAUUGUUUUUCAUCGAGCAUCAAGACAAUGGAAUGAAGAGUAA